CUCCUAGGUUAUCCUAAACUUACCUAAGUCUCUUUAAUAUUUAGGAUAAAGAUCCUAAGUGUUCUUAUCCCCCCUAGCCCGAUGACAGAGAAGCCGGUUGCUUUAACGUAGCAUUUCCCUUUUUCUGGCAUGUGACGUGGUAGACAUCUGCCGUUGUCUUUUUCCCCAAUCAUCCAACUGCCGAGAGAUGGAAGUUUCCGUGCCAUGGCACUUUGGCUCCUGUUCUAUGUUGAGUGACGUCAAUCUCUCGUGGAGGUUCCCGUGCACUAAGAAUAACCUCUCGGUACUUAACAGUCGAACCGGCCAGCUUCAAUCGAUCAUGAAGUUAGAGGCCUUCGCUCAUUUCAUUACUUAUUCCACAAAGCCCAACUACAAAUAUGGGCAGUCUCGAUGACGCCAUUCCUCCAUUCCCAGAUGAUGUGCCAACAGUGCCAAUCGCCCGGAUCUCAUACUCCAAGCUCAAAAACUUUGACCAAGAUGAGAUGAUAAAAGUCCUUGAAGCCUCACAAUCAGACGGCUUCUUCUAUCUAGACCUGACCGAUGAUCCAACGGGGAAAGCUCUUCUGAACGACACUGAAGAUGUCCUCGCCAUCUCAAAACGCGCGCUCAACAUUCCUCUAGACCAAAAGACGGAAUGUCUUGCAGAGAGGGGAAAAGAAAUGUUCGGCUACAAACCAGCUGGUGCAGUUAAGCAGACAGACAAAGACUCGCGACCUGAUACUACUGAGUUCUUCAACGUGAGCAAGGAUCACUUGUUGGGAAACUCAGAGACGCGGAAAUAUCCGGCAGAGAUCACUGAUCGUUGGGCAGAGUUGGGAAAGUUUGCUGAAGAUUGUCAUUCUUUGGGUCUUCACAUCCUUCGAAUCUUGGCGGAACAGCUUGAUCUACCGUCUGAUGAGUUUUUGAAAAGAAACAAGAUUUCUUCACUUUCUGGAGAUCAUAUCCGGAUGACCAAAAUGCCAGGUUGCGACUCUGCAGAUGCUAAAACAAUUGGUCUUGCCUCCCAUACAGACUUCGGCAGCAUCACCGUCCUGUUUAACUGGGUCGGCGGUCUCCAGAUCCAAUCUCACGAUCCCGCAAAACAAGGAGAUUGGGCAUUUGUCAAGCCCUUACCAGGGCACGCUAUUAUUAAUCUGGGCGAUGCGAUGGUUAAGUUUAGUAAUGGUCGUCUCAAGUCUGGAAAACACCGUGUUGUACCUUUGCCGGGACCGCAAGGAAAACGAGAUCGAUAUAGUUUGGUGUAUUUCGUGAGACCAGCCGAUGAUGUUUUGAUGGAACCGGUUGAGAAGUACAAGGAUGAGCCUGUUGUCGCUGUUGGGGGAAAGGUUGGUGAGGAGAGGGUCUAUACGGCUGGGGAGUGGUUGGCACGCAGGUUGAAACAGAUGUCAAAGUGAAACAGCAAUUUAAUUAACAAGCUUUCCGG